AUGUUUGUUGGAUAUGAAGAUUCCGAGGACACAGAAGGGUAUGAAGAUGAACUUUACCAUGAGGAGUCAUCCAGUGAGCAGAGCAUUGACAGUGAGGUGGAAUUUCAUCUCUACAGCCAGAUCCACUAUUCCCAAAAUCUCGGAGAAAUCAGCACGCUGGAAAUGGAUGAGGAAGCUGAUGCUGCAGGAGUCACGGGUCACAGUUCAGUUCUGGCUGAGCAGCAGCACGAAGACAAGAAGGUGGCUGACCUGGCGGGCCAUGGUGACCCCGAGAUCAUCGUUCUGUCUGACACACCAGAUGAGGACAGUGUCUACAAAAGCAAAGCAAAGAAGUCAGCCAGCUCUUUAGCUCGCAGUAAAAGACAUUCCCCUCCAGGAUCUUCCACACCAAAUCCUGCCGAAGCUGUCGGAUAUCACACCCUGUAUCCUGCUGGAUCAGGCACAGGCAUUGCAAGGCAAAGGAAAAGUCCUAGCGGGAAGCUUAACCCAAUUAGUUCUGCUGGAGCUCAGGCCAUCCAAGACGUGCUGGUGAUCGAUGACAGCUCGGAGGAGGAGAGCUUGAUAUCUGAGAGUGAUCCUGUGGAGAGCUGGAUGCUGCUGGGAGCUGGGGCAGAUGACAGAGAUGAAGAUAUAAUGCUGAACCUGGAAGGCUGUGCAGCUCCUGCCAGCGAAGGAGAAGGUGACGUGGACUGGUCCAUCUGUAAUAAAGACUUAGAGGCACAGAUCUCCAACUACGGCAGCGUGAGGCACAGCAGCAUGAGGUACUACACAGCAGACAAGAACGUCACCUGCAGGAACUGUGGCAGAGCAGGUCACUUGUCCAAGAACUGUCCUGCUCCAAAGAAAGUUCCCCCUUGUUGCCUGUGUGCAGGAAGAGGGCACCUACAGAACAGCUGCCCAGCACGUUUCUGUUUGAACUGCUGUUUGCCUGGCCACUAUUUCAGGGAGUGUCUUGAGAGGGCCUACUGGAAUAAGCACUGCAAUCGCUGUGACAUGAAGGGCCAUUAUGCUGAUGCUUGCCCAGAAAUAUGGAGGCAGUAUCACCUAACAACCAAGCCAGGACCAAUCAAGGCGGGCGGUUCUCACGCUGAGCGCUCUGCUUUGGCCUAUUGCUACAACUGCUCCCAGAAAGGACACUUCGGAUAUGAGUGCUCAGAAAAGCGGAUGCACGGGAGCAUGUUCCCAACUUCUCCUUUCAUCUACUACUACGAUGAUGAAUGUGAUAUCAAGAGAAGAGCAAACAGAUUAAAAAAAAAGGUUGCAGAAUUACAAGAAGCUGGCCUUCUGCCAGAGCUGUCAGAGACACCGUGGCAGGAAGAAAAACACAGGGAGCACAGCCAUAAGAAAAAGAGCAAGCCUUGGAAAGAGCACAGGAAACACAGCAGAGAUGGUGAGCGCCACAAAAAGAUGAAGAUGUCCCGGGCAGAGAAACCCAGAGAAGAGAAACGCAGAAGUCAUGUUGGAAUGGGGCAGAAUCUGGAAGAGGACUUCUCCAGAGGGUGGAAAAGGCAGGUGUGCAAGGGCAGCAAAACUCGGCACAAAUCUCUUUUCCGGGCAUUCUCAGGGAGAAAGGCUGGGCAGGAACCUCUGGAAGGUGCUAAAAGGGAGAAGAAAUGGAAAAAAAGGAAGGACGCUUCUCCUGAUGUUAGUGAGAAUUUAUUCCUCAUAAAACAGAGAAGGAAGAAGUCCAAACAGAAAUCCUGGUGA